AUGGCGGACAACUUGCAAUACGUCAAUGAUGCUAAAGAGCUUUGGCAAGAACUAGAAGACAGAUACGAUCAAACUAAUGGCGCCAAGUUGUAUCAACUGCAAAAGGAGAUAAAUGAUCUGAGCCAAGGAAGCCUAGACAUCACUGGAUACUAUACAAAAAUGAAGAAACUUUGGGAAGAACUCAACACCCUGAAUAUUCAUGCCAAACGUGCUUGCAAAUGCACCUGUGGAGCAAGAGAAAACAUACAUAAAGUUGAACAGGAUAGAAGAUUAAUUCAGUUUCUGAUGGGGCUCAAUGAAGUAUAUACUAUCGUGAGAGGGAGUAUUUUGAUGAUGAACCCUCUCCCAACAAUAGCUCAAGCUUUCUCUAUUCUUAUUCAAGAGGAGAAACAAAGGGAAGUUAAACCAAGUAUUAGUUUUUCAAUGGACUCUGCUGCCUUGAAUGUGAGUGGGUCAGGAAAUAGCAAUUUCAGAACUAACUACAAUCAACAGGAAAACAACAACACCUACAGUGGAUAUAAGGGAAACCAGCUUAACAGCAGACCUAGACCAUUCUGUGACUAUUGCAAGAUGCCAGGGUUCAAUAAGGGAAGAAGAAUUGCUGAAAAUGUUUUUGGACCAUCAAAUGAAGCAGAUGCACUGAAGGAUGAUGGGAAUGGUCCUCAGGAACAGGAACAGAGUCGACAUAUGCACAGUCUGACUAAAGAACAAUAUGGCCAACUGCUCACCAUCCUGGAAAGCUUUCAAGGAGGAGUAGAUAAAUCCACAAGCAAUUGCAUCAAUGGAGGAGCUGUGAACUUUGCAGGUAUUUCAGCAUGCUCUACUCACUUUGACUCUAGUAAUCAUUUGUGUGAUAGUUCUAAUUCAGAUGCUGACACGUGGAUCCUUGAUUCUGGGGCCACAAAUCACAUGACACAUAACAAAUCAAUCCUAACUAAUGUUAAAACCUUCGUUUACCCAUACCUAGUCAUCCUACCAAAUGGCUACAAGGUUAAGGUGACACUGAUUGGUGAUGUAAUCCUAAGUCCAAAAUUCAGUCUCAAGAAGGUCCUUUUUGUUCCAAGUUUUAAAUUCAAUCUGAUAUCAGUCCACUCUUUGACAGUUCAACUUGGUUGUAUUGUAGUGUUCACCAAGUACAUUUGUAUUCUUCUACAGGGCCCUUCACUGAAGAGGCCACUGGAGAUUGGUAAAGCCAAGACUGGUCUGUAUCUACAUUGUUCAAGCAACUGCAACACUGGUUCAACCCUCUCUAAUUCUUCUAGUGCAUCCAUUCCAUGUUUUACUAAUAAUGAGAACAAGGUAGAUUAUGUAGUUAGCACAUCUAGCUCACCUUCUUCUUCUCAACUAGUUAGCACAAGUAAAUUGGUUUCUACUACUCCUGUUACUUCCACCAUAGUUACCCCACCUUAUAGUAGUAAUAGAAGCAGUUCACUUCCACAUUCAGAUCAAUCUGUAAAUAGUUCAAGCAAUAAAAAUGAUUUCUUUCCUGCCAGUGAUAUAGGUAGUGUUCCACAUUCAGUAAGUGAUAAUACUCACCAUGAAGUGUCACCUGGGAACCUGUCCAGGCCUGAGCCUUGCUCACCCCCAUCUAACCCUCAUAAUGAUGACUCCGGACCUUCUCACUCACCCUUAAAAGGCCAGACAUCAGGGAGCUUUCCUGUUGUUGACUGUCCAGGAGAGGUCCCUCCUGAUGCACCUCAAAGUCCAACUGUUAUAAUCCAGGAUCAAGGAACUUCAGUCUCAAAUCAGAAUAGACCCUCUAGGACAUUGAAAAUUCCUGCCUAUCUUAAAGAUUUUGAGUGUACCCUUCCCAGGCUUCAGCAAACUCAUCAAAACCAACCAAUCUCUCCAAAUGAUAGCCAAAGAACUGGUCCACAUGAAUGUGAACCUAGCUCAUAUGAGGAGGCUGCUGUAAAGCCUGCCUGGCAAGCAGCAAUGAAUCAAGAAUUCCAAGCAUUGUAUGCAAAUAAAACCUAG